CGAUAUUGAUUGCUCCCGGAGACUCCACCUGCGCCAAGAAGAGUACUGGGCAGCUUGUCCUGCGAAUUUUCCUACUUGCGCGCAUUUUUCGCUCUCCCACUCGUCUUGCCAAGUUCAGUUCAUGAGUUUGACAACGUAGCUCUUCUUAAGAUCCCCUAACCUCCAUACACCAACACGUGUCUAUAAUCAACCGCUUUUACUCUCAAACUAUUGAGCGACGCUCGUAUAGCAAUGUCUCCCAAGCAUGAUGCCCGUUCGCAGCAGAGCAGUAGACUUCUUGUUACUGGCACAGUGCUCUUCUACCUCGUUGCAGCACUAUGCAUGGUCAUGGCGAAUAAAUGGGUUCUCAAAACAACCGCUGCUCCGCUCUUCUUCCUCUUUGCCCAGCUUGUCAUUGCCGUGGUCCUUUUCAUCGGCGCACAUGUAGCCCGUCUUCUAGUUGUGCCUUUAUACGUAGACACGCAGCUCAUGAUACAGCUCGCCCCCACAAUUGGGUUGAAUGUCGUGGGGUUGAGUUUCAGCAACUAUACCCUCAAGUAUGUCGACGCAUCUGUCUACCAAGUUGCACGUGGCCUCGUCCUCCCCUUCACGGUCCUUACUUCCUACUUCUUCCUCUCCGCUCGCCCGUCCCUCCGUAUCCUCUUCAGUUGCUCCAUCGUCACCCUCGGCUUCAUCGUUGGCGUCUUUCUAGAUUCUGUCCCCAUGAUGCUCGUGGGCAUCGGUUUUGGCGUCGCGAGUUCCGCCAUUACAGCGGUGCACAGCGUGGUCAUCAAAAAGAGUCUGGAUGUAGUCAAGGGUAGCGCCAUGCACUUGUCUUGGUAUACGAAUUUGCUUAGCGCAGUGCUCAUGGUCCCCAUCAUCAUCUUCGCCGGCGAGAUCCCGGCGAUCACGGAAUUAUUUUUUGGAUCUGGAGUUGUUGCUCCUAAGGAAGGAGAGCUGAGCGAGUUGCAGACAUUCAUUUGGGGGUCUUUCAUCACGGGUGCGCUUGGAUUCAUGAUGAGCAUUGCAAGUCUGUUGUCCAUCAAAAUUACCUCGCCCAUCACGCACAUGGUUUCCUCCGCAGUAAGAGGCGUGGCAGCAUCCAUGUUAGGAAUGUGGUUAUUCGGGGAAAUCAUCUCGGGUGGCCGUGCCUCCUCCAUCGCGAUCAUUCUUUUAGGGUCCAUUUACUACACGUGGGUGAAACAUGUCGAGUCUCAGCAGGCUUCCAAGUACGACCGCGUUCCGUUGGAAGAUGUAGAAGCUGGAAAGGAAUUGGGCUCAAAACCUGAGUAAGAGCGCUUGAGUGGGACGAGGCGGGGCCAUAGAGUAUGGAUUACUCAGGCACGGAGUGUGGGGAGCGAACGCUCACAAAAUUGAACGACAAGACAUCUGAUUGUGAAUCGUGAUACCCUGAGUACUUAUUUAAUUCCUAGCAGUUAAUGUUUUAGGGAGGACAAGACAUGGACUGUAAUUGUUGGAAACUACGCAGCACAGACUGGUGGUCUUGUUAUAUACGUCGAUGUUCGAGAGGAGCUCACCUCACUAAAGGGGAUGCAUCCUAAUGUCACAACUUUGCUCCUUCCUUUCGUUUACGUUCCUCUUCUCCCUUCCGUCUCGCCAACAGCGCUUUGC